AUGUCUCAGCCCGGAGACGCAGACUGGAAGUGGUUUCCCAAUGUCAAGGCAGGAUGGUCCCUCGACGUCGUGAACCUCCUUGUCGUCAUUGGCGAGUCUUCCAUCGCCGAACACUCCCAGGCUAUUACGGCCUCUCUCCCCGGUAUGCUGCCUCGCAUUCUACCUGCGCCUCAAGCUCUCCUCAAGCCGUCACGCCCAACGAGAAUGCCCGAGACCCAUGCGCGUAUGACGGGCGUGUAUAGCGGCACCACAUUGGAGUCGGUUGGUUUUUUUGCCAACAUCAUUACGCCCCUGGACCAGCUACAUGCCUUCAGCUUCAAGGUAUUAGACAUCAAGCAUGCCGUCUGCCCCGUGGAGCGAGUACCAGGAGGGGCUGUUGGGGGAGUGCCUGCUGCAUUGGCCGCCAUGAGAAGGAUGUUGCGACGAAUCAAGCAAACAAAAGGCCAUGAAGGCGACGUGGAAGAGAAGUCCGCCGAACAAGGGCUAUCGUCAUCGCCUCGGGAGCAGGAUGAGGAAGCCGCCCCGGGAGCACAGCAGGACAAAUCCUCCUGCAACGGGGCAGCCUCUACCGGACUUCCUCGUCGCCAGCUCACAGUCCAGUUCGCCGACGAAACCCUCGACAGCAUGGCAGACCCGGACUGUCCGCCAGGACACUCCCUCACCCGACGACGCUCUACCGCCCGCGAACGCGCACAGGAUCUCCUCACCUCCCCUACCGUAGCAGUAAGCAGCAACCGUCCCGCCGUGCCGGCCAAGCUCUUCUCCCCCAUCCACAUCCUCUCCAUCUUCUCGUGCGCGCUCAGCAUCGGCCUCAUCGUCAUGGCCGCCAUCUGCCAGGACGGCACGGCCAUCCUCGCCAUAACCCUCAUCUCGCUGGCUUCCACCGUCGUCGGCUACGCCUCGUUCUGGCGGCCCAUACUCAUGAAGCGUAAGCACACCAACGAAGUGCCCCGCGGCGACGUCCUCAUCCGCACCCGCGAGGGUGCCUUCGUCCUCGUCCGCUGCUCCGAGGAAGUGGCGCGGGAGCUGUACUCGGGCACCGAGGAGUGCGAGUACUACGUCGGGGGCAACACCUACCGUGCCCUCAUGGCCCUCGGCACCAUGCUCCUCAUGGUCAGCGUCGUGCUGCUGGGCAACUGCACGUGGGAUCUCAAGGUCUUCAUCGGCGCGAGCUACAUCGUCCUCAACGGCCUCUACUGGGGCCUGGGCAUGAUUCCACGCUCCUACUUCUGGGACCUGUCGCGCUACGAGUGGCACGACGUCACUCCCCCCGACGCCGCCAGGGCACACCUCGUCACAAACGAACUCGACCAGCGCGAGGGCCACCCCUCCUUCACAAGGACCCUGUGGUACGCCAUCAGAGAAACCGAGUUGACGGGCUGGGUUGAACGGAGCGGCGCCGCCCCCAGCACCCACCAGUGGAAGAAGUGGCUCCGCGAAGCAGAGCAGGCCGCUGUUGAAGGAAACAGAAAAUGGCCCGCCGUCGCCAGAAAGGACAUCAUUCUAAAGGAGAAUCUAAAGGCCGGUAGGGUGUUUGAUCAGGCAGCGCAGCAUGCGCCUGCUACCGAGGUCAGACCUCCCCCUGACUCUGGGAAUCGAUGGACAAAAGAUGGGACAUUUUAG